GUCGGAAACGCGAAACGAAACACCAUAAGAGCUUCAAUAUGAAGGUCGUGGUGGAGCUAAGAUUGUGACUUGUGACAUCGUAUAUUAAUCAUGUCAACAAUAAGAUGAAGAUGAAGAUGCACUCCAUGAUGCCGAUCACGGGGACCUAUAUUUCCUCCAAAACGGCGAGGGCGAGGACAUUGCAACCGCUACGAACGAUGAAAAUCUUGCCCACUUCUUCCGCCACAGCCGCAAGGGCCCCCCCGUUCAUCCCUCGAAUUAGAAUAAGCGACGCUCCUAGUAGUAGCUAGAAGGAGGUGGAAUAGGGAAGACGAAGAUAUUGAUAAUUUAGCUGGUGGAGCAGGGGCCAGCUACUCACAUCGGAGUCGGCGAGCAGUGCUCGCGGCCUUCAUCUGGGGCGGAGGUCCACGCUAGAAUUAUCUGGUGCUGAAAGUUGUAAGCCCAACUACAACUGGAAGCGAGAACUUCGUCCCGCUUCCGUAGUGCUAGCCGGCGUCGCAAAACAUCAUGGUCGUCGGUUCCUCCUCAACGAUGGACCUGCACGGUCGCAGCGGGUCUGCCUCCUCCCUGUCCACUGGUGGGGAGCUGCUCCGGGAGCCGCAUAUCAAAGUGAAAAAAGCCCCCUCCCCAUAUUGAAACGGAAAUCUCUGUUGCUGGAUUUGUGUACACAGAUCAGCGCUGUAUUGCAGAAAGCGCUUGCAGGCAAGUCCUAAGCGGCCUGAUGAGGAACUUAUGCAAAAGGCUAGCACUCACACUCAGGCAUGACAGACAGCUUUGCAAUAGGCAAAAGCGCAUGGCAGCUUGGCUGUGGAAUGCGCCACACGGCUCCCACUUGCCUCAUAUGCAAGACAGAGCUGAUUUGUGGUCACGAAUCAGCAUCACAAAUUUCCAUUGUGAGUAUAUAUAAUGGGGAGUUUGGGGAUUUUUCCUGACGAUGCCGCAGAUUCAGAAACUCACGGAUUUCCAAGACGACGAGUUCGAUGUUAUCCUGUGCAAAAGUAUCGUACUCGUAUAAAUGCUAAUGCAAGUCUUGCAUUACAAACCUUGUUCUCAAGGCAGAUGAGCAUUACAAAUUUUAUUUCUCAUGCUGUUAAAAUUUGUAAUGCAUUUAUACGAGUACGAUACUUUUGCAGUGCAUAGAUGUGCAGCAAAUGCAAAAUUACGCAUUGCAAAAGUAGUACAAUAGCAUGAGCACCAUCUUCACAAAGUUUAUUUUCAAGUCGCAAAAUGGAGAUUGUAAUGCUGACUUGGGUAUUACUAGUACUAGUGGAUGAAAUCUGUCAUGCAGUGCUGCGAAUAGUAGUACCAGGAGGAGUGCGAAGAUAUAAGUACUUUUGCGCAGGGAUAAGAAUGGGUUGUCGACAAUCGUCGAGAAAAUGGAGGAGAUGCAGAAGCUGGGCGACAUUGCUAUAACCCGCUCAGCUGUUACAAUCUCAAACGUAGUUACAAUAGAACAUGGAAAUCUGUGAUGCAAAAGGUGCAUGACCUAGUAGCCUACUCCCACAGCAUUGCUCAUGACAAGUUCUGGAGUCCCAAACCGCACUGGAAUCUGGCGAAAUUUGUAUUGCAGAAAGUGAAACGCUGUGCGGGUCUGUCAUGGUCAUCAUGCAAUACAACUCUAUUGCAACGCUUGAGAUUGUAACGCUUGAGCGGGUCAUAAUUGCGUACAAAAAGGAGGUAGAUGCGCGGAACGACGCGAAAGAGAAACCGACGCCCGAACAGGCCUAUGGAAGCGUCAGGUUUGAAAUCGACAAAGUUGAAAUAAUUUGUCAUGCAUAAAAUGCAUGUCAGUUGUGACCCAGUUUCUAAGUGGUGCAUGACAAAUUUGGGAAGAUCCGAAACCCAGUUUGUCAUGCUGUUUGGGCAAGGAAGACGCCUUUUGUCAUGCUACUUUAGCAGCUCUAUUGCUACCCCUCAACAGGUUUACAAUCUGCCUCCCUUGCCUACUCAGCAAGACAAGCAUUGCGUGGCUUGCAUUUUAUGCAUCACAAACUAUUUCAACUUUGACGAUUUCAAACCUGACACUCCCAUAAGGCCUUGCUGAACUGUAUCCAGAAGGUCUACGCAAAAAACCUCAAGUCAAAGACGCAAAUCGCCAUGCAACGGUUUGUUAUCGAGUUUCUGGGGCCAAAAAAGGAGCAGGUUGGAAGAGACAGCGGGCAGUUUAUGGAAAAACGUAUAAAUAUAGCGUCGAGGUCAUUAUCACAUGAUCUUCUGCUUCUUGUUAAAGUGUCUAAAUAUUCUUGUAAUCGUCGACGAAGUAAUGAAUGUUUUCAGCGGUUUUUUUCUUUUUUGAAAUCGAAGAUCUACCCUUGGACUCGGCCUGUGUAUAAAUGCGUAGAUUUUUUUCGUUCACUUUGAUUUCUAGCCGUGAUUUUAAUUUUUCUUUGCUUAACAAAUCAGGUGAGCGCGUCCAAGCAGCGGAGCGUGCGGCCGAGGAACGAUUCUGGAACAUGUAUCAUGUGGAUGUGAAAAAGGCGGACUCGUAUCCACAGCAAAUUUCAUGAUCCCGCACAGGUACAAAUUUGAAGAUUCCUGCAUGACAAAAAUCCUUGCCUCUAGAUCCUAUUCAGCACGAGGACAAGUGCAGGUGGCAUUCGCAUUCUCUGUACCUGUACGGGUUCGGGUUGAAAUUUGUGUUGCAUAAGUCGUAUCACGAGAAAAUCCUGACGAAAAAGUGGCCCAAGUGGCGCAACCAGAUGAAGGAUGUCGCAAAGGCGCACCCAGGCAGGAAUAUCACGAGAAAAAACUGUUUCACUGUGAACUUGUGAUGCAUAAAAUGGAACACAGAACUAUUUGUCUUGCCACUCCUGCAAGACCUUGGCUCUUUGAGAGUGUUAUUUCCCUUUGGAAGUGCGCAUGACGAAUUUUCUUUGUCAUGUGUAUAGAAACUUGUGAUGCAGAUCUUGCAAAAUUAUCACAGUGAAGCAGUUUUUUCGUGGGAUAAGGAAUCUGCACGGCUUGAAAUCGUCCCGGGUUGAAGAGUAUCCUGUGCAAAAGUAUCGCACUCCUAUUGCAGUCAUGCAUUACAAGUUUUUUUCUCAAGAAAAAUCCGCAUUACAAAUUUCAUUUCUCAUGCUGGGGGAAUUUGUCAUGCAUUUAUACGAAUACGAUACUUCUGCAAUCCAUAAAGAGAGAACGAUGCCGGCGGAUCCAUACGACUUGAUCGGGCCGAGUAUGAAAGACACAGGCGGCUCGGAGGAAGACGUGGUAAAUAACCAUCCGAGCAGUUCGCAGCAGCAGAUGGGUAAUCCCAACCUCCCCCCGCAGCAAUCUCGGCCAGAGUCCUCGGACUCCUCAAAUUCGGAAUCUUCCACCACAGAGAAACCGUCGCGAGACCCGGAUUUUUUGUUGCGAGCGUUCGGUUUACCCGACAUGCAGCACCAACUAUCCGAGAUGAAAAAAAGUGUGUUAGUGUAGUGAGGCGUCGGUCUACUUAGGGCAUUAGCAUGACAAAUUCGCUCUGCAGGAAAAAGAAAUCCUGUCAUGCUGCGCAGCUUCUAGCACGUGAAGUGAAAACACGACGUAAGUACUAUGAGCAGAGGUAGAGGAGGACACUAUGGCUGGCCAGCAUGACGAGUGGAUAUUGUUUCGUAUUUUAUGCAUCACAGACUUACAUCACUUACACAGUGUGUUUUCUUGCAUAACAACAUUCGCAGGAGCAGUACGACAGCGUCACGGGGGAGAAGAUUCUGUACCAUCGCCACGGGGUACCCAUUGACCAGUCAAUCAUGGUAUGGAUUGCAAAAGUAUCGUAGUCGUAUAAAUUUGCAUUACAAAUUACCCCAGCAUUACAAAUUAAGUUUGUAAUGCUGAUUUAGCUUGAAAAAGAGAUUUGUAAUGCAUAAAUGCAAUUACUACGAGUACGAUACUUUUGCACAGGAUGCAUGGCGAGCGGGUCCUAUUUGGAGCUGGUCGAGGACAGCAACAUGGAUUCCGAGAAUGUGAAAAGACGGAAGGAGCUGAACGCCUACUUUCGGCGGCAUCAAAAACUCUCCGACCAAAACUACUUGAAGAAGACCCCGGAGUCCAAAACGAACCGGCCGGGAAUGAAGAGCUUAGACCUGUCCGCGCAGCAGGUGUCAAAUUUGUCCGUCGCCACCUACUUCCGAAGCUGCGAAAACCUCGGCACGGUCCCCAAGGUCCCGAAGUCGAUCAUUCUGGACCGAAAAAUCGACGAGGAAGGGGUUUUAUGCAUUGCAAAAGCAUCGUACUAGUAGAAAUCGCAUGACAAAUUCGUUCAGCAUGACAAAGGGAAUUUGUCAUGCUGUUUUCCGUUGGGAUGAAAGUUUGUAAUGCAUGACUGCGAUUACUACGAGUACGAUACUUUUGCACAGGAUAGAUUUUGGCGAGUUCGGUGGAUCUGGAGAAUUUAUGCAAGAAAAAAACUGUGUAAGUGUAAUUCUGUGAUGCAGAAAAUGCAAAACAGUUAUGCCUGUCAUGCUGCACAUGCAUGAUAAGCUUGCUUCCUACGUGUUUUCCUGUCCUAUCUGCGCAUGACAAGUUUUUCCUGUCAUGGCAGACAAACUUGUGAUGCUGUUUUCCCAAAAGACCUACACUAACACAGUUUUUUUCUUGGAUAAAAUUUAGAUUUAACCGACUACGACCUGCAGGCGUACUAUGAAAUUUAGAAAUUAGUAUUAUACCUCCGCACAUGUAGACGUACAAAGUUCGAAGUGCACCAAAAGAAAUCAGGGCAAGAAAAACCUAUAUCAAAAAGCGACAUGAUUUGUAGUUGAUUCAAAUAGAUCGAAGAAUCUUCUGAUGCUCUACUGUCGUCGUGUCAUUUGUACGUCACUACGAGCGUGCUUUGCGGUAAAGAUUUACUGGGGAUACGUACCAAAAUGCGAUCUUUAGUGAGGUGCCGGUUCUGAACGAGAAGAAUAACAAACAAAAGGACCCAAGCACGAGAAAACCGGAUCCGAAGGAAAUUUUAGCCUUGCUGCCGGCGGUGAAGAUAAAGGUACAACUAGUACUACUGUCACUGUGAGGACAUUGUAUCUAUGUUGCUGGAGCUGCUCCUGCUUGCAAGGAGACAAUAAAACGAACUUGUGAAGAUACAGAUGCUGACCUUCACGUCGAUGCUUCAUUUGCAGCAACACGUAAAACUUAUUUUCAGAAUGAUUGUAGAAAAAAAUUUAAAUCUUUAUCUUCCUAGACCCUCCGCCUGGGGCUCAACCGGUUUUCGGAUAAAGGGGUGGCGAAAUUUCUCUCCGGGUUCGUGGAGACCAGUGGCGGGCAGAAGCUGAAAAAUCAAGUUUUUGAGCUGGAAGAGAUCAACCUGACCAACCUCCCGAACUUUAGCACAUUGUCCGUGGCGAAACUGAGUCGCAUGCUGGGGGAGCCGCAAGCGUUUCCCAAGAUUCUGAUUUUGAACCUGUCCGGGAUCCCCACGCUGUUUUCCCAGCAGGACCAGUGCAAAUCGAUUUGCGAAAACAUCGUGAAAAUUGGUUCCCUGCAGGAGGUGAACGUGGCCGAUACCGGGUUGGGACUCGUGUCCCAGCAAUCGGUGGUGUAUUUUGUGCAAGCCUUGUCGGACUUGCUGCAAAUUCGCAAGUUGGACCUCUCCAGCAAUUACAUUGGGAAGGAUGGAUUCUUGGCGCUGGGGAAGUACUGCGAGGAUGCGGAAUUGUAUCCAAGAAAAAAACUGUGUAAGAGUAAGUUUCUUCGGCUGACACCAUCACAAAUUUGCUCUACAUGACAGAGAGAACCUGUAAUGCGUGGCUUGUAAGGCAAAACACACAUGAAAAAAGGACUUCGUGGCUGUGUGGCAUGACAGCCGUAACUCUGCUGCAUAUUCUGCAUUACAGAGUUACAAUUAUACAAUUUUUUUUUUGCAUAAAUUGAAGGAACUGACAGUGAACUGGAACAGCGACAAACCCGCCUCGCAAAUGCUUAUUGUGAGGAAAAGUCCCCCUCCCCAUACCAAAAAGGGACACUACUGGAAAUUUGUGAUGCUGAUUUGUGGCCGCAAAUCGUCCCUGUAUUGCAAGGGGGCAAAGCCAGAGACUCAGCCGCGUUUCGCAGGCACUUUGCAAUGCUGUAUCGCCUACAGGGGAUGCGCCUGCAUUGCUAGGCGCCUACACCUCCAAAACGCCCCUACUGCGGCCCUGCAUCUUCCUGCAGUCCUUUGCUGCAAGACAGAUUGGAUCUGUGUACACAAAUCCCGCAUCACAGAUUUCCGCUCUGAUAUUAUGGCGAGGGGUCGUGAUUUUUCCCUUUGAUAAUGCCACCUCUCGAACUUCCCCCAGUUCCCAUCGACCCAGCCGCCGCCGCCGCAGACCCCGCGAAGGCGGCAGACCCGGCGAAGGCGCAGUCCGGCGGGAGCAGCAGCUCGACAUCGAAGCAAAAAGACUACAACAACACGUUGGAAGAGGACGACGCGAUUUGCUACUUCCUCGAAAAACUAAACUUUCAGAGGAAAAUGGAGUAUCUGUCUCUCAAGGGAUCGCAGCUGUCCUACUUUGCGGACCUGGUAUUGUGUGAGUCACUAGACUCGUAUGGAAGUAGAGAAAAAUUAUCUUCCUGCCCACCCACUGACCACCCGCGCGCGAACAAACAAAGUUGUGUUGCAUAAAGGCCAGCGAGUGCUGCUGUUCUCUAAGAACUGCUGGCGAUAAUUGACGAGCGCAACGGAAGAUGCGGCACCACGUCCACCUCGCAAGAACAUGAAUUUGAAAACCACCAGAACAUCACCAUGUGGGGAGGGGUAGGGGCAGAGUCAGAGAUUUUGUAUUGCAUAACCCCAACAACAAUCUGAUCCAUUUGGAUGUCGCGGACAACCCACAUACGAAGGACGGGUUGCGGUGCCUUAUCCUGUGCAAAAGUAUCGCACUCGUAAUAUUGCAGUCAUGCAUUACAAAGUCUUCUUUUCUAGGUAAAUCCGCAUUACAAUUUUUUUUUCUUACUGGUAACAAAAUUUGUAAUGCAUUUCUACGAGUACGAUGCUUUUGCAAUGCAUAUGCCUGCUGAAGCUGCUAGUAACCUCCCCGACGUCCUCCGACGAGUGCGGUGUGAGCAAUUUGAACCUAGCCAAUGUCCGGGAUAAGUACCACACGCCCAACGAAUCAAGCCGCUACAACUUCACAGAUCCCAAUGGCAACUACGUGUUGCGAUUAGACAAGCCGAGCGACCGGGCGGUUUUGAAGCUUUUGCACCGGUGCUCGUUUUAUGAACUGCAAAAGUAUCGUACUCGUAUACAUGCAUGACAAAUUCCCUGAGCAUGAGAAAUAAAAUUUGCAAUGCUGAUUUACAUUGAGAAAAAAAAUUGUAGUGCAUGAGUGCGCUACGACUGCGAGACUUUUGCAGUGCAUACGUUUUACUUCAAAACGAAAGAGGCGAGCUUCGAGGAGAUGGUAUGACUAAUGUUGACUUCUUCUACGGUAGCUGUAUUGAUUUCCCUACAACUGCUCACUCACGUAUCUAUGUAUCAAGUGGCUGUUCUUGUUUCUACUUGUUGCUCUAUUGCGUAAAAAGCUGAAGCACGCACCAGCCACUGCAGUUUAUUUGUUGAAAACAAUUACCCAGCAACUCGACGGAUCCAACUGCGCCCUGCCAGUUUCGGAAAAGCAAACCGACCGUGGACGGGUCUAUAUCAUGGGUAAAUAUGUAGUCUGGGUCUUGAAAUAAAGGGGAGCGCGUCAGCACGCUUGGUUGUCGGGCACUCCUGGAAAAGAAAAUCUGUAUUGCACGACCGACAAAAGUGCGCCUGCUUCUCGUGUCAUGGAAAAACGCUCUGUAUCAUACGCACUAGGCAUAAAAGAAGCGUUCUGGUGCAACCUUGUCAUGUUCUUUGGCUGCCCGCACAACUGUACUGUUCUCAGCAUGCACAGCUCCGCAUCACAAGUUUAUUCCGGACCCAGCAGACAAAAUGUUUGCGACGCAUACUGUACGAGUUUGCGCAAUUGAAGGGGAAGCUGAAGUUCAAAUUUGUGUUGGACGACAAACCCUUUCAGUAUCCACAGAAAAAAACCCAUCCCCAACUACCAAUUUGUAAUGCAAAACACGUAUACAGUCCUUUGUUUGUCAUGCAAAAAAUGGAUGGGGAUCAUGCGUUUCUUUCUGUGGAUAUUCAGGACGAGGCGAAGCGCUUGAAGUCCUUAGCCGGGGACAAGGGAGACGAUUUCUCCCUGAUGUCGCCCACGAUCGUCGUGCGGCCGCAGGAUAUCCCACGAAAAAACUGUUUCACUGUGGUGAUUUUGCAAGAUCUGCAUUACAAGUUUGUCACACAUGACACGGAAAAAUUGCCAUGUGCGCUUUCCAAGGGAAAACACUCUUGAAAAUCCAAUGUCUUGCAGGUGUAGCAAGACAAACACUUUGGUGCUUCGUUCUCUGCAUCACAAGUUCACAGUGAAAAGUUUUUUCUUGCGAUACAGGACUCCCCGAACGCAUCACCCGGGAAACCAGGGAACAAGAAUAUGAAAGUGCACAACUCUCCCUCCCCCUCAUUUGUCAUGCCAAAUCGCAAACCCAGUCGCUGCCCUGCUGUAUCACAGUUUGCAUGACAAGUUCUCGUAGCCCAAAUACCACUACACUCCAGUGCAAAUUUGUCAUGCCAAACCGACACUCUUGCUGAUGCUUGUGUUGCCAUUCAUGCUACACAAAUACAAGUGAGGGGCAGAGGGAGGGGCUGUUGUGCACCGUCAUAAAGAAACAAGACGAGUCCGCCGCCUUGCUGGCGACAAUGAAAAAGGGCACGACGUUGUUGGAGUACAGCAAAUUGAGAGCGACGCUCUUGCGGUUCGUGCCUCUCGCCGUGGUGUAUACGAAUCUCCAGUCGGACCGGGAAAAGUCGAUCCUGCUGGAAGCAAUGGCGUUCGAUAUGAAGCUGAAGCUCUGCCACGUGCAGUACUUCAUCGAGAAAGCCCCGUUGCUAAUAUGCAAUACAAAUUUCCCGUACAUGUACAAAAUGCAUGACAAAUUGCGCUAACUUGCAGUGUCCAACUUGUCAUGCUAGACUAGGAUUGAUGGCAAGUAACUUGCCAUCAGUUGAAGUUUUGUCAUGCAGCGACUGCAUUUGCACGUCGUGUCCGGGAAUAAAUCUACUGUGGAUAGCUAACCCAGUUCAUCGUGAAGACGCUGUAUCCCACGGUCCACCGUUCGGAGGCCAUGCAGCUCGUCAACCUCCUACCCCACCCGUCCCUGCAGCGCGCGGUGCGGGCGGUCACUUCCAACGCCAUGUUCUUUAACGUAGAGAAUCCAACCGGGAGGUACAGUCUAUUGAUCGAAAACCCCACAGACCGGUCGAUGGCCGAAACGCUCUUCCGCCUGUCCACCUGGGAGAGGCAGAUCCAAGAGGAGCAUCUCGAGGAAAUCAAGGACUGCAGUCAGUUAUGCAUUGCAAAAGUAUCGUACUCGUACUACUCGCAUUUCUGCAUUACAAAUUUCUUUCUCAAGUUAAUUAACUCCGCAUUACAAAUUUCGCUUCUCACGCUGAGGAAAUCAUUUGUGAUGCGCUUCAUACUAGUACGGUACAUACUUUUGCAAUGCAUAUCAGUACGGCGACCGGAGCUGUCUACGAAACAUCGUUCUCAACGGGAACCCCUACCGAACCGCGGACGUGGCUUCUGACGUGUUGCAGUCCGCGGUCGGCACGAUCGAGUUGGACUACUGCACUCGAAUUUUCAGCGAGCAGCACUCCACCACGAAGCAGACCCACCCCUUGGUGUGGCAACAGUUGGUCGACAAACUGUUCGACUCGACCAUCUCCACGCUCGGCAAGGUCUAUGAAAGCGCACAACUACUCCCCCUUUCUUUUAUUUCGAUUGCAUCCACAGCAACGCAAGUGCUGACACAGAUGUAGCUCUCGCAUGACAAAGUCGCGAUCGAUUCAAGUAGUGCUGUUGCGGCUCGUUGUAGUCCUUCGUGAGUCUGUCAUGCAAGCCGUGCCACAGUGCAAAGGGUGGAUUUGGUAUUUUGCAUGACAAACGAAAGGGAGGGGACUUGUGCACUCGCAUAAAAUCCGCUGCUUCCGCCAGAUUUCGCACCAUUUGUCUCUGGACGUUGCGCAAGUCCGCGAGUUUGUCCGGUUUUUUGCCCGCGCGCCGAAGGGAGGAAAGGCGUUGAUAUGAACUGCAAAAUUAUCGUACUCGUAUUGCAAUCAUGCAUUACAAAUUUUGCUCUUAAGGCAAAUCCGCAUUACAAAUUUUAUUUCUCAUGCUGAGGAAAUUUGUAAUGCAUUUAUACGAGUACGAUACUUUUGCAAUUCAUAGUUGAACUAUUACACCAAUGACCAGCGAAAUUUGGACGAGAUAGAAAACAGCGUCCCGAAGGUCGUUGGCGGCCUGUUUGUCGACUCCGACGGGGUCAGCUACCUCCGCUCGGAGGCGUUCCUCGCGCUCUAUGCGAGGUGUAGGGCGUUAAACUCGCAGAUGAUGACGAACACGAACUAUCGAGUGAAAAAGUGAUCAUGUUUCCUGGUCUAUACCUGUAUUAACAAAAUGCUUGGAGGAGUGUAUGACAUCGUGCCUGAUGAAUGUGUCGUCCGUACGGGGCUUUGCCUCCUUAGGCGAAUAGUGCGCAGUUUGUCACUCUCACUAUCCGUCGUGCUGGCUGCGUAAGUAUUUCCAUAGUGCCCGCCCCGAGGACGUAUCUCAACAAUGGUCUUCUAGUUCUAGCAUCAAGAACAUACAAUCUCAGACCAAGACAUGUUCGCAAUCCAUAGAAGCGACGUGAGAACGAUUCCGGAUGAUGAGGACGACGGUCUGCUAUACGACCCGCAUCUGUUUUGCCUAGGUACUUGCUACAAACUCUCCCCUUUGUUGUAUUGCAACCUGUCUAAUACUAACAAUAGGAGCUACAACACUGGUGACUACUUGAAAACCUAAUCCUUCACACACGAGAGAAAUCCAAGCUCGCACAGGCGCCAGGUUUUGCAUUUGGCUUCGACCACUCGUGCUCCUGCAUGAAUGUGUAUGCAUAAAUGUGACGAUGAUCUUGGUGAACAAAAAAUUCUUGUGCCUGGCCAGCGCUACAUAGAAUCGGUAGAAAAAUACAAAAAACAAACACAACGACAGCGGAACAGAAGGCCAUCGUAUCCACCCUCGGCUGGAUAAACUGCAUCGAUGUGGUAUCAGACCAAAAAGCAGUCUUGGCUUUUAACAAAUGAAUUUUUAUUGCUGGUAGUACCUCCUUCCUACCCGGUGGGAAAUGGGAUACGAGAGCGAAAAGAAUGCUGCCGGAAAAAUUCUCUUUAUGGCAUCGCAGCAUUCCUUUCGUGCAGGUCCGACUCUUCCAUUGUAAGAUAGUGACAAAGGAGGUGCCCCCUCAUGAAGAUGAAAAUCUCUAUUCAAGACGCUAAGAUUUAUUUUGCUUUCCAUACUUGAAGCGAAUCUGUGACCCCAACACAAAUUUCGGUGGUUUUUUCACACUGGACCUCGGUAUCUACGAGGAGUGGGUCAUUGCCAGAAUCAUCAUCAGCUUGGCAGCACAGGAGGACGGGGACAACCUGUUGAGUAUAGCUAGAGUUGUUGUGAUCAUAGUGCUUUUUGUGCGUCGAGAAUCAAACGAUGUUGCUGUUGUGAAACACUGAAGGUGCGACAUUGUAGUUGUACAACUAAAAAUUCUAAACCGAAUAAUAAGCAUAUCAGAUCCGCACUGGACCGGCGCGAAGCAGACGUCUUUCGGCGGUUUCCACGUGCCUAUGACAGUGCACAACUCCCCCUCCCCCUCAUUUGUAUGGCAUGAACAGCAACACAAGCAAAGGCAGAAAAGAGCCUUUCGCAUCACAAAUCUGGGUGGAGAUUGUAACUAAGUAGGACUAUUUGAUGUUCCAAAAUUUGUCAUGCUAGCAGUGCUUACGAGCAAGGUUUGAGUAGUUUGGUACUUUGCAUUACAAAUGAGGGGAGGGGGAGUGGUGCACUAUCAUAGUGCCGAUCACGUGGAUCGAGGACUUGCCAGACUUCGGCGUUUUCGGCUGCCAGUACGUCCAUAUGCACUGCAAAAAUGUCUGGGUCUGGAAACUUGUGAUGCAAGUCACUCAAUAACAAAUGCACUGUAAUGCGCCGCCAAGCAUGACAAGUUUUUUCGUGCUUCUGUGCUUCGUAUCGCGCAUGAGAAACUGUGUUUCUGCAUGACAGGCGAGAGAGGCUGUUUGUGGCCACGCAAUACAGAUUUGAGGGCCAUGCCAGAUCAGCAUGGCAAAUCUUGCAUUCUUCCAGACCCAGACAUUUUUACAAUUCAUAGUCCACGAGGAGCCGCAAUUCAUCGACAUCCCGGCCCGGCUGAGGCUGAUGGAGCAGUUUUUGCCCGAAGCGGACCUGAAUUACGACAGUGCACAACUCGUCCCGCCCCUCAUUGUCAUUUGUCAUGCAACAUCCCAAUCCUGGCGAUGCCCUGUAGCUGCACAGUUCGCAUGAAAAAUUCUGUUACUACCGGAACAUCAGUGCUGCAGUCGGCGCAUAGAUUUGUCAUGCACAGGCUUCACAUGUUGAACUGGCGUUUGUAUUGCUGUUCAUGCACUCCAAAUGAGGAGGAGCGGGAGGGGGUAGAGUUGUGCGUUGUCAUAUCAACAUCGAC